AUGUUCGAGUUCAUGGAGAAAUUUAUGAACGCUUACACAGGUAUUCCAAAAGCAUCUCACAUAUGGUUGUGUACUCUAGCUCAUAGCUGGCCAAAAAAUCUCUAUCACGCUGAUGUCCACUUUUUGGAUUUCUUCAAACGGAAUAAAAAACAUUUCGACAACGCGUUUCUGUUUUUCAUGGGCGAUCAUGGUCCGCGACAAGGAGGGAUUCCCGAAGUGAAGCUUGGGCGGUAUGAGAAUUUAAAUCCGUUCCUCAUGGUCAGCAUACCGAAAUCCUAUCGUAACACUGCAAUUCAUGAACAGUUACGAAAUAAAUCGAGAGAACUCAUGACGAAUUUCGACCUUCAUGCCACUUUCAUGGAUAUUUUAGAGGUUCAAAUGAAGUCGAAUUUCUCGGAUACAUCAUAUCGUGAACCGCAAGAUAGCGGCUCAUCGCUCUUCAGAGAGUGGCGAGGUCCAAGAAAUUGUCGUACACUACCUAUUCCAUCUCAGUAUUGUAUUUGUCAGUACAAUUGGACCGACCAAAUCGAUGUGUCCGUCCAGAAGGAACUGGGAAUUUUUCUUGCAAAUGAGUUGAAGCGUCAUUUGGUUCAAGAAGGACUGGGAACGCUUUGUCAUCCCCAGGCUUACAGCUCGGUCGGGUUCCUUCUGAAUAGUUAUGGAAAGUAUUUGCUGAAAAUUUCGCAAUAA